AUGGAAAUCGAACGCAAACUGGCCGAGAUGGGUCUUACCGUUACCGAACCCAAUCCGGCCAUUGGCAACUUCGUGCCGGCAGUCCGCACCGGCAACCUGGUGUUUGUAUCCGGCAACCUGCCCCGAUUACCCGACGGCACCAUGCCUCACACCGGCAAGCUGGGAAGCGAGGUCAGCGUCGAAGAGGGCGCUGCCGCCGCCCGCCAGAGCGCCGUCAAUUGCCUCUCCGCUGCCAAAAGCAUAAUCGGCGAUCUGGACAAGGUGCAGCGUGUCGUCAAGCUGCUGGUGAUGGUCAACAGCGACCCAUCCUUCGACCAGCAACCCCUUGUGGGCAACGGUGCAUCCGACCUGCUCGUGGAGCUCUACGGCGAAUCCGGACGCCACGCCCGUUCCGCAGUCGGUAUGGCCGCCCUUCCCAGGGGCGCACCCGUGGAAGUGGAGAUGAUUCUGGAAGUAGCCGACUGA